GCGAUGUAAAUUAAUAAAAGGUGAGGUAAAAAUUUUAACGCGCAAUAUGUUUUUGCAGAGGAAUAGCAAGAAACGAAACAUGUUUUAUGUUAAGUGGUUUCGUUAACGAAAAGUGCACACUUUGUGUAACCGUAUUUAUAUCCAUGCGGAAGUGUAUAAUGGGAUAAUUAUCCACGUAGUUGAAUGCGAAAAUGCGCACGUUAUAAUCAUCAUCCCCCAACCCCAACGACGAGAUGGAAAGAUGCAGCAGGAACAGGAAGAGGGGGGGAACAAAAAACGAAAUAAACACACCUCCGCCGCGCUCCGAUUGGCGCAGACGUGCAUCUAAGGGGCGGCGCCCGUUAAACCUGUGGGCGUGACUUGGACGCGCCCCUCGUGUUUCGAGUGGUGGCGGCGGUUGUAGAUGCGACCGAGAUAUUAGGGGUGCGAUCAAACGACCGCAAAUUGACGCGAAUCUCAGAUCUAAUCGUUCUGUCCGGCACACUCACACACCGGAAACCGGCGUUGCAGUGUGUUCGUGUCAUGUGACUGCCGGAAGAAGCAUCGCCAUUUUAUUAACGCGCAAAAACAAAAACAAAUCAAGAUACGAAAGAAAUAAAACAACAAUAAAAACAAAAAGGAGAAUCGCACUACUCACCGCCGUCGGUGAUGCAGGAUCAGAUGCACAAGUCCUUUCUUAUUCGGGAUCUCCUUGGAGACGUGUUAAACAGUCGGCAACACCAGAGAAGCGAUGAUCACGAGGACGAUGAGAGCGUCGUCGGGCAGGGAGAGGUGAGCGAGUCCGAGUACUUCGGGGGCGGCGCCGGGGAGGGGGCGGUCGCGGGUGUUGGAGGUGGAGGAGUGGGCGGUGGAUUGUCGGGGGCGGCAGCGUUGGACGGCUCGAAGGGUCGCAAGCCUCGGAGGCGGCGAACCGCGUUCACGCACGCCCAGCUCGCCUUCCUCGAGCGGAAGUUCCGGUGUCAGAAGUACCUCUCCGUCGCGGACAGAAGCGACGUCGCCGACGCCCUCAACCUCUCCGAGACUCAGGUCAAGACCUGGUACCAAAACAGACGGACCAAGUGGAAACGUCAGAAUCAGCUGAGACUUGAGCAGCUGAGGCACCAGGCGAGCGUCGAGAAGGAGCUCCUCACCGCCGGCGGUCUUCGCGCUUCCGGCGGAAACGGCGACGGUCAACCUUGCUGCCCCCAGACGGGCGGCAUCCCCAGGUACGGCGCCCAAUCGCCCUGCAGUUUCCUCACUUCCGCCGCCGCCGCAGCGGCCAUCUUCCACAACGUCACCUACGUUCACGGCUGUCAAUUGUAAACACAAAAAAAAAAGAUGAUGCCAGCAAUUGUACAUACCCCAAUGUAAAUAGCGUACUUGAUUUAUUUUUUCUCUGAUCUCGAAAAUCCUCGUGAAAUUGCAAAUUGUAAAUACGAAUGU